AAUCCUAAUGCAUCUAAACGAAAUACUGCAGAAAAAUUUAAUAUUCAAACUAAACAAUUAAGAGAUUGGAUUAAUAAUAAAAAUAAAUUAUUAAGAGCGAAACCACAUGUAAAAAAACUUACUCCUGGAACAAAACCUCAAUAUCCUUUACUUGAAGAGAAACUUAUCAAUAAUUGUCGCCGUACAACAGUUACUCAAAGGUUGCCAGAAAAUUUAUUAGAAAAACAGCAAGAAUUUUUGAAUUUUAUUCUUUACCACAGUAUUCAACAUGAUUAUCUUUUGAAAUUAAUAGGAAAUAUGGAUGAAACCCCAUUAACAUUUGAUAUUUCUAGUAAUAUGACAGUAGAAGAAACAGGUUCCAGAACAGUUAGUAUAUGUACUAUAGGACAUGAAAAAUCAAAUUUUACUGUGGUACUUUCCUGUAUAGCAGAUGGUACAAAAUUACCACCACUGAUAAUUUUUAAAUUAGUAAAUGUAUCAAGACAAACUUUUCCCUCUGGAGUUGUAGUUCAUGCAAAUUAUUUAUUCCGCGAACAUUUGACAGAUUCAGUCAAACAAAGAUUUGAUGAGAAAAAUAUUAACUUGGCUGUUAUUCCAGGUGGUCUUACAAGUAAAUUGAAACCACUUGAUGUUUCAAUUAAUAAAUCUUUUAAAUCUAAG